GCUGGCUGCUUCUGUGAGCCUCUUGUGCUCCUCUCACACUCGCUUCAGCAGCAGCAGCGGCGGCGGAGAAGCAGGCGGGGAGUGGUGGUGGUGGUGCGAGUGUGUGUGUGCAAAUCGUGCAACAUGCAGAUGGCAUCCGUGCCUCCUACUCCCUCCUUAGGAAAGAAGUCGGGCAUUUCCCGGAGGGUGCCCAGGGACAGGGUACUGCUGCAAUUGCUGGGAUUGUGCUAGAGGGAAAAGCUUGGAUCUCCCCGUGUGCAUUGGAUCCACCUCUUGGCUGCAACUGUGCAUUGUUUUGUUUAGUGGAGGGGUCGGAUAGGGGCGCAGGGGAGGAAGGACACUCUGAUCUUUGCUUGUGGAUAUCUGUGAUUGCCUUGGCCUUCCUUUGCCCAUCAUCAUCAUGGGGAAUGCUGGCAGUAUGGAUUCUGACCAGACUGAUUUCAAGGGGCACAACCUGCCUCUCAAACUGCCCAUGCCUGAGCCAGGUGAACUGGAGGAGAGAUUCGCCGUCGUCUUGAAUGCAAUGAACCUGCCCCCUGACAAAGCCAGGUUACUCCGCCAGUAUGACAAUGAGAAGAAAUGGGAACUCAUCUGUGACCAGGAAAGAUUUCAAGUGAAAAAUCCCCCCCACACAUAUAUUCAGAAGCUAAAAGGUUAUCUUGAUCCGGCAGUACCAAGAAAGAAAUUUAGGAGGCGGGUACAAGAAUCCACACAAGUUUUAAGAGAACUAGAAAUCUCUCUAAGGACAAACCACAUAGGGUGGGUGAGAGAGUUCCUGAAUGAAGAAAACAAAGGCCUGGAUGUUUUAGUAGAAUAUCUUUCAUUUGCCCAGUAUGCCGUCACAUUUGACUUUGAAUGUUUGGAGAACAAUGUGGAAAACAGUGUAGAUAAAUCCAAGCCUUGGAGCAGAUCCAUCGAGGAUUUACACAGGGGAAGCAAUUUACCGUCCCCUGUAGGCAAUAGCAUCACCCGCUCUGGACGGCAUUCUACAUUAAGGUAUAAUACUUUGCCAAGCAGACGGACACUUAAAAACUCAAGAUUAGUGAGUAAAAAAGAUGACGUCCACGUUUGCAUCAUGUGUUUACGGGCCAUCAUGAACUACCAGUACGGAUUCAACAUGGUCAUGUCACACCUGCAUGCGGUCAAUGAAAUUGCACUAAGUUUAAAUAAUAAGAAUCCCAGAACAAAAGCACUUGUAUUAGAACUGUUAGCAGCAGUUUGCCUUGUACGUGGAGGACACGAAAUCAUCUUAUCGGCAUUUGAUAACUUCAAGGAGGUCUGCGUUGAGAAACAGCGCUUCGAGAAGCUUAUGGAACAUUUCAGAAAUGAAGACAAUAAUAUAGAUUUUAUGGUGGCAUGCAUGCAGUUCAUUAACAUUGUCGUCCAUUCGGUAGAAGACAUGAAUUUCCGCGUUCACCUUCAGUUUGAAUUCACCAAAUUAGCUCUGGAUGAGUAUUUGGAUAAAUUAAAGCACACAGAAAGUGACAAGUUGCAGGUUCAGAUCCAGGCGUAUCUGGAUAACGUAUUCGAUGUGGGAGCUCUUUUGGAAGAUGCUGAAACAAAGAAUGCAGCUUUGGAAAGAGUUGAUGAACUGGAAGAAAACAUUUCUCAUUUAUCAGAGAAGCUGCAAGACACUGAGAACGAAGCAAUGGCAAAAAUCGUAGAACUGGAAAAACAGCUUAUGCACAGAAAUAAAGAACUGGAUAUUGCAAGGGAGGUUUGCAAAGAUGCAAAUACCCAAGUACAUACGUUACGGAAAAUGGUGAAGGAGAAAGAAGAAGCCAUUCAGAGGCAAUCAACACUUGAGAGGAAAAUCAAUGAACUGGAAAAGCAAGGGUCGAUCAAAAUUCAAAAGAAAGGAGAUGGAGACAUUUCCAUUACGCCAAUGGUUGCUUCAGGGUCUGUGCCGUCGGGCUCAGAAGCAACACCUGGAGGAGCACCUGGAGGUUCCAAUUCUGGACCUUCAAUUCCAUGUGGAACUACUAGUGUCCCUGGUGCUUCUGGCGCUUUAUCUUCAGCAACAUUGGUCCCACCCUCUUCUCCUUCAUUAGGUCCCAGUUCAGUGCACAAUGGUCCAGUGUCAGCGCCUUCUCCACCACCACCUCCACCACCUCCUCCUCCACCCCCUCCUCCUCCUCCACCACCUCUCCCAUCAGCAGAACCUCCUGUUCCUCCACCACCACCUCCACCACCAGGAGCUCCUCCCCUACCAGGAACAGCCUCUCCGACUGUUAUAUUCAACUCAGGACUAGCAGAUGGACCCAUCAAGCUAUUCUCUGUGAAAAUUAAGAAGCCAAUCAAGACAAAAUUCCGCAUGCCCGUUUUUAAUUGGGUUGCACUCAAACCCCAUCAGAUCAAUGGCACAGUGUUUAAUGAGAUCGACGAUGAAAGGAUACUGGAGGAUAUAAAUGUUGACGAAUUUGAAGAAAUAUUCAAGACAAAAGCCCAGGGACCAGCUAUCGACAUCUCUUCUACUAAGCAAAAAGUGGCACCCAAGGUAUUGAGUAAAGUGACGUUACUGGAGGCAAACAGGGCCAAAAAUCUCGCCAUUACCCUAAGGAAAGCAGGGAAGACAGCAGAGGAAAUAUGCAAGGCUAUUCAGAUGUUUGACCUGAAGACGCUGCCAGUGGACUUUGUUGAAUGCUUAAUGAGGUUCAUGCCAACGGAGAGCGAGGUAAAAGUCUUGCGGCAGUACGAGCGAGAAAAGAAGCCACUGGAGAAUUUGUCGAAUGAAGAUCGAUUUAUGAUGCAGUUCAGUAAAAUAGAGCGGCUAAUGCAGAAGAUGACCAUCAUGGCUUUUAUAGGGAACUUUUCAGAGAGCAUUCAGAUGUUAACACCACAACUUCAUGCCAUAAUUGCUGCAUCGGUUUCCAUUAAGUCGUCCCAAAAGCUCAAGAAAAUACUGGAGAUCAUUCUAGCCCUUGGGAACUACAUGAACAGCAGUAAAAGAGGGGCAGUUUAUGGCUUUAAGCUUCAGAGCUUGGACUUGCUUUUAGAGACAAAGUCAACGGACAGAAAACAGACAUUGUUGCACUAUAUCUCCAACGUGGUACGAGAAAAGUAUCUACAAGUCGCUCACUUCCAUAAUGAAAUUCAUUACGUGGAGAAAGCAGCGGCAGUUUCUCUUGAAAAUGUUCUUUUGGAUGUGAAAGAACUUCAACGAGGAAUGGACCUAACGAAAAGAGAGUAUUCUAUGCAUGACCAUAAUGUCAUGCUGAAAGAAUUCAUCCAAAAUAACGAAGUGAGGCUCAAGAAACUGCAGGAUGAUGCAAAAAUUUCUCAGGAUGCCUUUGAUGAUGUUGUGAAGUAUUUUGGAGAGAAUCCCAAAACUACUCCUCCGUCUGUAUUCUUUCCAGUCUUCGUCAGAUUUGUGAAGGCCUACAAGAAUGCUGAUGAGGAGAAUGAGAUGAGGAAAAAACAGGAGCAAGCGCUUAUCGAGAAGCUUCUCGAACAGGAAGCCAUGAUGGAACAACAGGACCAAAAGUCUCUGUCACAUAAAUCAAAGCGGCAGCAGCAAGAAUUAAUCACAGAGCUGAGGAGACGACAGGUGAAAGACAACAGACAUGUCUACGAGGGGAAAGAUGGUGCUAUAGAAGAUAUCAUCACAGUGCUGAAGACUGUGCCCUUUACUGCUCGAACAGCCAAGCGCGGCUCCCGGUUUUUCUGCGACCCCGUUCUCACUGAGGAAUUCCAUUACUAAAAAAAUUACUCUGUUUCACACCUGAUGCUCUUAAAACAAAAGAUCUUAGAAACCAGCCGUACAUAAGAGCCGAUGCCAUGCGGAGAAGUGUGAGAAAGCGUUUCGAUGACCAGAACAUGUGCUCUGCAAAUGGUGCUGAGAUAACCAUUUGAGCUGGAGUAUCGGCUACUGAAGCCUGGGAGUUCUUGGACACUCAUCCUCUUCUAAUGAGCCAUAUAUGAUACCAACUAAGGCUCUGUAUGGAAUCUAGUUUGCCUUUGCACCCCAAAAAGAUGUAGAAACUGCAUAUGGGAUCGCCACUCAAUGAAAAUGUUCCCUCUCUAGCUAACAAGUGCCUAACAGAUAUACCUGCUCAAAUGGAACAAAGCAAUAGGAAUUCUUUUGAUCGGGUAUCUUUUCACACCAAUACGUUACUCAGUAUUUUUAACCAAAAUGUAAAAUACAUAUGUCUUUUUUUGUUAGGUGGUUCGUAAUGACCUAUAUGUUUGUAAAUACAUAAUACUGAAGUAUGAUCUGCUGUGGAAUUUAGAAGAGGCCUUUAUAAACAAAAGCAAGAGAAAAAAAGUGUCAGCAGAAAAAUCAUCUAACUUCAUGUCACUGGGUCUUCGUGACGAUCCACUGCUGGUAUUUUAAAGACCUUAUUUGGGGUGUAAAGUGGAUAUGGUCUAAAAAAAACAGGAUUGAAUCCCCUUGACUUGGAGUUAGUUGACUUCUUUGUGUUUGUCAGGAAUUGAUGGUCUUGAUUCUAUGUUGCACUUAAUCCCUUUCUGUGUCAGAGAGGUCUACAACACAAUGCAUUGGUGGUCAACCUGCUCCCAAAGUUACAGAUGGUCUUCAGUAUAAUAAGGGCUUAAGAUACAUGAUGGAAGCUAUUGGCAGUGAAAUAUCACCAAUGCAUCUAAUAAAGGGCCAGGAAACAACUUUCUUUCUUAAAUAUUUUUAUGCACAUCCCCAUGUAUGGUCAAGGCAUCAUAUUUAAGGAAAAGUCUUGCACAUCAUGACCACAAGACAUGAUGGAUAAUAAUAUCAUUAAUGAGUAGGACCGAGAGUUAGAAAUCAGAGUCAGCUUAGAGCUCUGGUGGCAUCUCGACAACAGAUGGUCCUAAUACAUUCUUCUUAUAAAAAAGAACAGUUUAGCAGUAAACAAUUAACACCCCAUCAAUGUUAACAGUAUUAAGGCCGAUAAAGGUCUACAUGUACUAAAGGUCAAAAACGUUGUUUUCUUGUUUUUUAGUGCUUUUUAAACUUGAUUUAAAAAAUGGCCUGGGUGGUAGUGAAAAUUAGACUGCCUUGAAUUUUUUCUCCUUGAAAAUGUUAAUAGCUCUGCUUCUAGGAUUAGCCUAAACUGCCAUUGUCUCAGGCUGGUUGGACAAUUCUUAAGGCCUCUCAGUUAUCUUUUAUGGGUUAAGGUGGUCCCUACAGAACAACUAGUCAGCCAUCUCAACCAAUAUUUGGCAAACAAGCAGACAGUAAGAAAAUUAAGUAGAAAAUCCCUUCAGACGAGGACCACCAAGAUGUGAUUCUCUCCCUAAGCCCCUAUUACAAUCCAGUUCUUAGCCUGGGGAUUGGAACAAAUCCAAACACUGGGCAACCUUGCCACACAAGUCACUAGUACAUUACAGGAUUCCCAGAAUAGGUUUCAGCUAAUUGCUAAAGAUUUUCCCCUUCUAAUUAUUUGCACUCAAUAAAUCUUGAAUAUUCAAGUUUUGUAAAUUCAAUUUGAAAAUAGAAUAUUCAAUUACAAGAAUUUUUGGGGUCCAAGCUUAAAAUACACAGUUUUUUCAUUUAAAAAAAAUUGGGGCGUUCCCCAUAUAAUUUUUACUAUUUAUUCAUAUUCAUUCUACAGAUGAAUUUAAGGAGGACCAAGUAAGUUGCUGCAUUCCCUUUAUUGGCACAAUUACACAAGGAGUCGAAAACAGCAUUCAAUUUUUGUUUGUCUAAAUGCACAAUAACAAAAUAUUUCGCAAAAAAUAUAUUUGCGCUGUCAGUUCCUGAGAUUCGAAUGUACCUUCAGUUCUCUAGUAAUUUCACCUUUCUCAUAGAUUCAAGCAGUUGGAUUUAUAUUUUCAGAAUAAACACCGUCCCUUGUCUCUGAUAUUAACCCAAUUAUUGUACAAAUCGUUGUAUAGUAUUUAACCGCUUUGGAGAAGAUUGUUUUAUACUAGUUGAUAAAGUAACAAAGAAGCUAGUACAGAUUUUUUUUCCAAUUUAAAAUGCAUGUGCAAAAAUGAUUUAAAAAAAAAAAAUAAUUUUCUUGCACUACGGAUACAUUUGGUGGUUCCAUUACUUUGUGUUUUCUUCUGUCUUAAUUGUGGUCGGAAUUUCAAUUUCCUGAAAUAAUGUGUAGUUUUAUAAUAAUACUCUGUUUUUAAAUGUACAGAUAUUUUGCUACUCGGGGGGGGGGGGUUGAUGCAGAUUUGUUUUUGCUUUUUUAUAAUAUACUUUUUAUUUCCAGUCCAUUCCCUGGGUAAUUACUGUAAAUACUGUUUCAAAUGCAUCAGCCUCUGCUAUUCCAUUGCAAUGUUAUUUUAACUUAUAGUUUUUGUUUUAUUUUAUAUUUAACGAAAGGAACAAUUUGGGGAAUCAGACUUUAUCAUGUUGGUGUCUUAACUUUUUGCAGAUAAUUUUCUGUCCAACCUGCAAUAUCCGUCACACAUGUAUUUAAAGGGAGAGAAGAGCAGCAAUAGAAAAGCAGGUCAUAUAUGAUCGACGAAAAUGUUUAAAAACUGUUUAUCCGGCAAACAAACUCUAAUAGAAGUGUGACGGAGUAAAACAAUGGCAAACAAUACAAUUAUUGCAGAUGGAAAAGUGCUAUAUUAGGGAUGGGCGAAUUUUUUCGCCGCAUAAGUGAUGCCAAUAGACUUGUAUGGCGUUGCGCGUCAAAAGAAAAUUGUCACGCGUCAAAAUAUUUUUGACACCCAUAGACUUUAAUAGGCAUUGGCGACAUUUCAAACGGGUCAAAGUCGCCCAAGCCUACUAUUUACAGUACUAUCCAGAAUUUCAGAAGUAUUGGCAUGUUUUCUUACGUGUCUUGCUCCUCUUUCCCAGUGAUAUUAGAAACGUCUUCUAAAAUCAGUCCAUUUUACUUUACUGCUGUCAUUGCAUACGAUCAAAUAAAAUAUUUACACCACUACACAAUAA